AUUAAUUAAUAAUUCAUAAAACAUUAUUUUUCUUAUUUUUAACAGGACUUGGCAGUAACAACGCCAGCGAUAGGAACACUAAAAUUAAACGACGAGUGCUCUCGAGACAAAAACUGUGAGAACAUCGAGAACAGCCGCUGUCAUUUAGGGUACUGUCGCUGUCAACCCUUCUACGCGGCUUACAAUGAAACCCGCUGUGUUGAGUCGACGAUGCUGGGCAAUGAUUGCUACGUUUCGGAACAGUGUUCAAUGAAAGUAGCAAACAGUACUUGUUUAGAUGGAGUUUGCCAAUGCGAUGAUGGAUAUUUACAAUAUAGACGGCAUACUUGUUUAACACCUGCAAAACCAGGACAAGUGUGCUACAGUCACGAGCACUGUCGUCUUUGGGACAGUGAUACGCAUUGCGAUUUUCUGAUUCCUGACUUAUUUGGCCGCUGUCAAUGCACAGCUCCAAUGAAACGUGACGGGGAAAUUUGCCGCCCUAACAACCUCGUUAUCCCACCAGUUAUUUCAUCGAAUAAUCCCACCAGCAACUUAAACAAUUUCUUCGACGAGACGACGCAAAUAGACCCAGACAGUACUUUUAGUCCGGGAAAUCAACCAGAAAACAAUAACGAUACCGGAGUACAAAUUUCAUGGUUGAAAAACGCGACACGUUUAUUAUCAACAUCGAUGACAACUCCGAGAUUGCCAACAAAUUUAGUAACACAUCCGAUGUUUCGUACACCACGACCUCAUCACGAAGAUACUAAUGAAUUGCCAGAAGACAACGACGCUGUGAUAAUUGACGCUGAUACGAUAACUGAAUUAAUUCAGACAACAACACCCUCAGCACCAACAAAAGCGGACCGUCAUGAAACGACGACAUUAACAGCAGUAAGUCUUGGACUUAGAUGUACAAACGAUCUGGAGUGUCGGAUGGCAGACACACACUCGCGGUGCAUAAACGGCGUGUGUGACUGUGCGAUUCGUGGAAACGGAAGCUUACCAUGCGGCGCAACAAGAACAGGAUGUCCAGUUGGUACAUUUCAGUGCCGUGGGUCUGGUACUUGCAUCAGUUGGUUCUUUGUCUGCGAUGGUAGGCCCGAUUGUGGUGACGGUUCUGACGAGGAAUGCGCCAGUGAUCAAUGUCCAAAUCAAGCGUUCGCUUGUAAGAAGAGCAAAGUAUGUAUUUCAAAGGCUGGACAGUGCGAUGGCAGGAUCGAUUGUCCUAAUGGAGAAGACGAGGAGGGCUGCAAAAAUCGACGACGAUGUCCGGAAGGAAGCUUUCGUUGCAAUAAUGGACAAUGUCUUCCUGCGUAUGAAUUUUGCAAUGCAGUAGUGUCAUGUCGAGACGGGAGUGACGAGCCACGUGGUGCCUGUCGCACUCGUUACCGUGGACGUCUUUCAGCAAGAAACUGUCCUUUUAGAUGUGCUAAUGGCCAGUGUAGGUCUGAUGCCAUUACUUGUAGUGGACGUGACGGAUGCGGUGAUAAUUCCGAUGAAAUUAAUUGCUCUGUUUGCAGAUGUCCAGCAGUCGCAUAA